UUCUGUGACAAUAAAUUUCCUUUAAUUGUUCAACUGCAAUUAGUUGAUCGUUCCCUGUAUUUACAAUGAACUGAUUUAUUAUUAUUUUAAUCGAUUAACUCCCUUUUUUAUAUUCUUCAAUUUUAUCUGGUUAAUUUUUCACUGUUUUUACUUUGUUUUUUGUUUUGUUUUGUUUUUGUAAACCUCACAUUACAUUCAUCAAACACCCAAGAAAAAUAUUCAAAUUUAUGCCUGUCAAAGAUAAUCAAAAAUAAGUGAAUUUGCUCAACUGUUGUUGAUAAAACGCGACAAGGGGAGAUAAAGAAAGAGAUAUAAAAUUAUCGAAAGAAAAAGAAAGAGAGAGAGAAAGAGAAAGAGACAGCUUGAAAAGUAAGAGAGAUAAAGAGAGAAGUAGAAAGAAAAGAAUAGAGGAGUUAGAGAAAUUGAUAGAAAGAGAGUGUAGGAGUUAAAGUGAGAGAGAAAGAGAGAGAAAAAAGCAGAAAGAGAUAAAAAAAUAGAGAAAGAACUGAAAGCUGAUUCUAAAGGAUGUCAAAUGAAAGUAAUGAGAUUGGUGAAUGUUGUAGCUCUCCCGUUGAAGAUGAAACACAAUUAAAGGCUUUCGACGAUAGUAGUGAAGAGAUUUGUGAUAAUAAUUGUCUUCUACCUGAUGUGACUGUUGUUAAAUCAGUCAAAUCGACCAGUUUAACAUCCCAAAGUGAGAGAGAAUUGAGAGAAUCUCAACCUCUAUUGAAAAGAAUGGAUCCUGAUGUUAUUUCAAUAAACAAUGUGUUCGCUGAUGAUCCAGAAUUCACUUCUAUCAUCCGAGAAGCAGAAACUGCCAUUGAAACAGCGAUUUAUCCUGAAAGGAUUUCCAAAGGAUCAAGUGGAUCUUAUUUUGUUAAAAAUUGCGAAUUGAAAAGAAUAGGUGUAUUCAAGCCCAAGGAUGAGGAACCAUACGGAAGGUUAAACCCUAAAUGGACCAAAUGGAUGCAUAAACUAUGCUGUCCCUGUUGUUUCGGGAGAAGUUGCUUAGUUCCUAAUCAAGGUUACCUUUCGGAGGCCGGGGCUUCACUUGUAGACCAAAAACUCCAGUUAAACAUAGUCCCAAAAACGAAAGUAAUCAAGUUAGCAAGUAAAACUUUUAAUUACACCGCAAUUGACAGAGCCAAAGCACGAACCAAACAAAAUCUAUCUGAAAGAUAUCCAAACCUUGGAAGACGUUUCAACAGAAUUGGAUUACCAUCUAAAGUUGGCUCUUUUCAAAUGUAUGUUCACAAUUACGAAGAUGCUUCAGUUAUGCUUAGACAAUUUAUGGACAAUCCUAUACCUGAAGAAGUCCAAAGAGAGUUUCAAUUACAAUUUGAAAGAUUGGUUGUCUUAGAUUAUAUCAUUCGUAACACCGAUAGGAAUCAUGAUAAUUGGCUAAUCAAAUACAAUAAACUAGAAGAAAAGAAAAGCUCGGAAACUUGGAAUCAGAAAAAGGAACCUUCCGUUAAGAUAGCAGCUAUUGACAAUGGAUUAGCAUUUCCAUUUAAACAUCCAGAUGAAUGGAGAGCAUAUCCUUAUCAUUGGGCUUGGUUACCUUAUGCUAAAGUACCUUUUUCCAAGGAGAUCAAAGACCUGAUUUUGCCUCAAUUAUCGGAUAUGAAUUACGUGCAAGAGCUUUGUGAUGAGAUGCAUGACCUUUUCAAAACAGAUAAAGGAUUCGAUCGUAAUUUGUACGAGAAACAAAUGUCUGUAAUGAGAGGGCAAAUCCUCAAUUUAACUCAAGCUUUAAAAGAGGGCAAAAGCCCGGCUCAACUCGUUCAAAUGCCCGCUGUUCUUGUUGAAAGAUGUAGAGAAGCGGGAGCAGGAAUCAACCAAAGAGGAAGAAUUCGAGUAAUGGCUGACCAAUUUACUCAACGAUUUCAAAAUCGAGCUCCAUUUUUCUCAUGGUGCUGAUCAUUGAAUCUACAAAAAUUCCAUUUUUUCUCUCCUUUUUUCUCCCUCAUUUUUUUUGUACAUUGUCUUUCUCCGAAUCAAAAUGAAAACCAUUUUUUGGCAAUUAUGGUCCAUUUGAUUAUUCCGAAAUUAAAUACUUUUAAUCAAAUCAUAUCAUUACUAUUCAACCUGGAUCUCACAAUUGGUUAUCGAUGAAGCUUUCGCCGGAUUUGAUGUCCCCAACUCGAGCCUAAAUUUAUUAAAUUGUUAACUGUGUAAAAAACCUGAUCAUUGUCACGAAACUAAUGCUAAUAGAUGUCUAAUUGUCAGACUGUCUAAUUGGAAA